CUGCAGUGACCGCUGGCAGUGGAAGCCCCCCAUCCCCCUCCCUCCAUCCCUCCCUCCCUCGUAUAUAUAAAAAGGCGUGUCCUCGCCCCCCCCCCGCUUCCGGACACAAGUGAGACUGAGCGCCCCACACACCCAAGCUCGGCUCUGACGCACCUCUGCUGCCCUUCAUGGAUGCUCCAGGACUCCGGCAUCCUCCGUGGAAUUGACACGCUCCUGUGACAAGGUGGGACGCGACCACUUAACACCUCUAACUUCCUCCACCACAGUGUGAUACGUCGGGGAAGCGUUGCCAUGGCGAACAGGGGCCCCAGUUACGGCUUGAGCCGAGAGGUGCAAGAAAAGAUCGAGCAGAAGUACGACCCGGACCUGGAGCAACGGCUGGUGGACUGGAUUGUGGCCCAGUGCGCGGGUGGUGUGGAGAAGCCGGCUGCGGGCAAAGAGGGCUUCCAGAAAUGGCUGAUGGAUGGGACGGUCCUCUGUCGGCUCAUCAACAGCCUUCAUCCCAAGGGCAAGGAGCCAAUCAAGAAGAUCUCAGAGUCUCAGAUGGCUUUCAAACAAAUGGAGAAAAUCUCUCAGUUUCUGCAGGCUGCUGAGGCUUACGGCGUCACCAAAACGGAUAUAUUCCAAACGGUAGACCUCUGGGAAGGGAAGGACAUGGCUGCGGUGCAGAGGACCCUCAUGGCAUUGGGCAGUGUGGCCGUCACUAAUGACGAUGGCCAUUACAAAGGCGACCCAGACUGGUUUCACAGGAAAGCGCAGGGCUAUCGGCGGGAGUUCACUGAGGAGCAGCUGCGCCAGGGCCAGAGUCUGAUCAGCCUUCAGAUGGGCAGCAACCGCGGAGCAUCUCAGUCGGGCAUGACGGGCUACGGUAUGCACCGUCAGAUCAUGUAGAAGACGAGCUAGCCUAACUUCCUUUACCUACUUCUUGUUUCUACUAACACUAUGUAAAGUAGCCUAUUCUGCCUUCUGCUAACUUAACCUCCCUGAAUCUGCUGCUUUAAACAACGAUGUCUCCUCCUCUUUGUGUCUUCCACUCUGCUGUGCUGCUGUCACUUCUUCUUUAUGAUUUAAUGUGCAACUCGAAGUCAACACUUUAGCCCAACCCCCCACCCCAACAUAUGAUUAAAAUGUCAAACAAGCCAUCAGUGUUCAUCGAUGCUGUGAAAAAGGCAUGCUUCUUUAAUUAAUUUAAUUUACCACGGGUGAUUGUUUUACAGUGGUUAUUUGUUAUGUGAUUGUGGUUAUUUGUUAUGUGAUUGUGUGCUGGUUUACGGGACUAGACUGUACUCUUGCCUCUAAACUUGCACUUUUAUUUUGUUGUUUGUUUUGGUCAUGUUUGUGUUAUUUUUUUUCUCAACAUAUUUUGAUCUAGAGACUUACUGGAGAAAUGGAAAUAAUAAAAUACGUGAACAUA